UGAAAAUGUCAAGUAAACGUCAAACUUAGUGAAUGAUUCAUUGUAUUUUGGAUUCAAUAUAAUAAAAUUGAAGUGAAAAUGUUUUCUUCUUUGUUUGGUAAAAGGAGAUCUUCUCCAGUAAAAGAUGAAGCGCCUCCUAUACCAGGACCUAGAACUGAUGAUGGAUUUGUGAUUGUCGAUCCAUCAUCUCCAAGAAACAGUGUGUACCCCAAUAUAAACGACGUUCGACAAGUAAAAAGACCUGCUCCGCCAGCGCCCGUUCCCAAAGCAAAUGACCAGACCUUCCAUUACCUCCAAGGUGUGCCUUUUAUGCUGUCCCGGGAAUUACAAAUGUCCAAAAACAAAGAUGCCUUUGCUACAGAAAUCGGGGACCUGCUUGCAUUUUUAACUAGCAAAAUCAACAUGAGUGGUUACGAAUACGAUUUCACAGUUGAAAAGAGUGUUUUAAAAGAGUGUUAAAUGUGCCAUAUAUAUUUCUAUCAACCUGUUGGUUUGUGGAACUAUGUUUUGAUGGCAGAUUUGUCUCAAAUUGUAAAUAAUUGCACUAACAGUUCAUUUAAAUUUUAGGUAUUUAAAUACUGUUUUAAAAUUUGCAAAUAUCCAUUUUAGUAUGUUAAACCGGCCAAGUUAUUAAAAAUGGAAAACAUCAAUUAAUCAAAUAAGUUGAGUAUUCUUAGAAUAAAUUAUUUCUUGAAACAAUAUUUUCAUCAUCUCCAAGGCCUUUCCCAUGCACUUAUGGGCUGUGCACAAGGUUUUCUAAACCUUAUGUUAUCGCUUAUUUUUUCGGCCAGCUGCCUGUCUGUUGCCUACACUACUUGAGAUAAAUAAUACAAAAUCAUCUUGUUUUAGUAUUAACUGAUGUUAGUGAAGUAGUUCAAAAUUAUGCACUCAAACUAUAUUUGUGUUACAUUUUAUACUAACUAAAUGUAUGUAAUUGUGAUGUGUAAAUAAAUAAUUAAGAAUGUACUAUAUUAAUUGU